AUGUCAUCGAACAACAUCACGACGGGUGCUGUAAGUAUUGAGGAUGAGUGCAGCAACAUUGCACCUCUCAAUGACCGACUCCCAUUACGCAUUGCAGCCAUUUUUAUUAUCCUUGUCACUUCAAUGCUAGGAACAUUGUUUCCAGUCCUCACCCGACAAUCCAAACGUUUUUCUGUUUCCCCCUGGAUAUACGAAGCGGUCAAAUAUUUCGGAAGCGGGGUCAUACUGGCAACUGCACUCAUUCAUCUCCUAGCGCCUGCGAAUGAAGCGCUAUCAUCUCCGUGUCUGCCUGUCGGAUGGUCACUAUAUCCUUUUUCACAGGGUAUAACACUAGCAUCCAUCUUUGUAAUUUUUAUAAUCGAGAUCAUUGCUAUUCGAGUAGGAACUUCACGCCUUGCAGCUUUAGGACUCAAGUACUGCGCUCAUGGCAUUGGUGCCGAUCAAUCACCAGCACACGGAUCCAAUAUACCUCCAGCUUCUGGCGCACCACAUGAUACAAAUCAUCGACUGGAAUCAAAGUUAGAUAAAUUGAGUGAGGAAACUGCCGCCACUCCCACUUGCUUGCCCACCGCCGAGGUGGGCUCCCAACUCAUAGGGGCCGCUAUUUUGGAGUUGGGUGUUAUUUUUCAUAGCAUUGUGAUUGGCCUAACCCUUGCAGUGAAUGCGCAAUUCACCACUUUUUUUUUAGUUAUCAUUUUUCAUCAAAUGUUUGAGGGUCUGGGCUUAGGCGCAAGGCUGUCUCAACUCACACUCCCGUCACGAUUCAGACGACUACCCCUCUGGGGUAGCUUGCUGUACUCCUUUGUCACUCCACUUGGCUUGUCAAUAGGCUUAGGACUACGGAAUACCUACAACCCAAAUUCCGCGACCGCAUUGAUUGUGUCAGGAUGUCUAGAUUCUUUCUCCGCUGGAAUACUACUUUACACAGGACUUGUAGAGCUUUUGGCUCAUGAUUUCAUUUUCAAUCAAACUUUGCUAUUAGAGCACAGUAAUAGCAGGUUAACUUUUGACAUCACAUGCGUGAUUUCUGGCGCAGGAUUAAUGGCCCUGCUAGGUCGAUGGGCUUAG